GGUGGCAGAAUCAGAAAUUUCUGUCAAUAUAGCCACUCAUCGGCACGCGGAUUUACUGUAUUUUUAUGUGUUUUGAACCUCAAACACUAACUUUGAGCCUGCCUUACUCUACAGCACUAACGUUUGUGUUAAAAUGGAACGGCAAAAAUCACCAGCCACAGUUUAGACCCAUCACUUCCGGAUGGAAAAGAGCAAAGUCCUUUGGCACCUGUCUCCCCUGACAGGCUCUAUGUCCUCAAAUAACCCUGCCAACCUGUUAACCUACCUUGAUUUGGAGUUAAUUUUCUCUCAGGGCUCAGUCUGGUGCAUACGAUAGUGGAAAAUCGAAUAAGAUAAUAGUACAGUGAAGGUCACCAUGUCCUCACCUGUGGAUGUGAUUGUGGUUGGGGCUGGUAAUCGUGGGGACACCUACUCCAGUUAUGCCUCUCUUCACCCAGAACGCAUGCGGGUAGUUGGUGUGGCAGAUCCAAGGAAGUUUGCUCGAGUCAAAUUGCAAGAAAAACAUCAAAUUCCACAUGGAAAUGUAUUUGAUGAUUGGAGAUCCAUAGCAGAGAGGGACAAGUUUGCAGAUGCUGUAUUUAUCUGUACCCCUGACCGACUCCAUAAGGAUCCAGCAGUUGCACUGGCCAGAAAAGGCUACCAUGUCUUGUUGGAGAAACCCAUGGCUGCGACAGAAAAGGACUGUACAGAGAUAGUGGAAGCUUGCAUUGAGAGCGGUGUGAUGCUUAUAGUGUGCCAUGUUCUUCGAUAUGACCCUGUCAUCCACAAAAUAAAGACACUUCUAGACGGUGGUGCAGUUGGAGAUGUAAUUCAUAUUCAGCACCUGGAGCCGGUGGGCUUCUACCAUUUUGCCCACUCCUAUGUGAGAGGUAACUGGAGGAAUUUGGAGGAGAGCUCCUUCUCCCUGAUGGCUAAGAGCUGCCAUGACCUGGACCUCAUCCACCACUGGGCAGGGGGGCGAAGGUGCAUAAAGGUUUCCUCGUUCGGAUCUCUGAGCCACUUCCGCAAAGAAAACAAGCCUGUGGGAGCUGCAAGUCGCUGCUUAGACUGUCCCGUGGAGGCAAACUGUCCAUACUCUGCUCGCAAAAUCUACCUCGACGCAGUUAAACAGGGAUGUGUAGGCUGGCCUGUGUCGGUCAUCUGUUCAAACUCCCUCCCUGACAUUGAGUCUGUGACAGAGGCUCUGCGCACGGGACCGUACGGCCGCUGUGUGUACGAGUGUGACAAUGACGUCUGCACCAAUCAGGUGGUUAACAUGGAAUUUGAAGGAGGACUCACAGCAGCUUUCUCCAUGGUGGCCUUCACAGAGAAGUUGUGCCAGCGCAAAACCACUAUUUAUGGAAGCAGGGGGGAGCUCCACUACAAUGGGGAGGAAAUCACUGUGUUUGACUUCCUCACACAAACCUCCACUAAGCACACGGCCGAGCUGCGGGCCCCAGGCUCCUUCGCCAUGAAGGGCCACGGUGGGGCCGAUUAUCACCUAGUACACACUUUCAUCUCCGCUGUGGCAAGUAAGGAUCCCAGCCUCAUAUGCUCCGGGCCAAGGGAGACAUUGGCUAGCCACAGACUGGUGUUCGAGGCCGAGCGCUCACGACUGGAGAGCAGAGUGGUGUUUUGUGCCUCUGAUGAAAAGGAUUAAGGAUUAAGGAAGUCAUGAUGAUGAUGAAGACCAUAGCAAAGAUAUUUUACAUUCC